AUGGAAGUGUGCUGGCUCAUGAAGAAACCCGAGGUGUGGUUCUCUGGAAAAAGCAUCGACAUACUGAAGCUGGUGGCAGCCCAGGUAGGGAGCCAGUGGAAGGACAUCUACCAGUUCCUGUGCAACGCCAGCGAGCGUGAGGUGGCGGCUUUCUCCAAUGGCUACGCAGCUGACCACGAGCGCGCCUAUGCUGCCUUGCAGCACUGGACCAUCCGCGGCCCGGAGGCCAGCCUGGCCCAGCUCAUCAGUGCCCUCCGCCAGCACCGGCGCAACGAUGUGGUGGAGAAGAUCCGAGGCCUGAUGGAGGACACCACACCGGUGCAAAUGCAGCCUCAGUGGCAAGCACAGGAACCCUGCAAUGAUGAUGGAAAGCUGGAAGCUGACAGACUGGCGCUGCCGGUGAGCCCCAAUCCGGUGAGCCCUGCACCUAGUCCCAGCCCCAAGCCCCCCGAGGCGGCUGUCCUCACCGUGGAGCCCUCUCCUUCAGAGAAAAAAUGCUUCUUCGUCGAUGAAGCAGAGCCUCUCCUGCGGUGCGACUCGACCUCCAGCGGCUCCUCCGCGCUCAGCCGGACAGGCUCUUUUAUUACCAAAGAAAAGAAGGACACUGUCCUGCGCCAGGUGCGCUUGGACCCUUGCGACCUGCAGCCCAUCUUCGACGACAUGCUGCACAUCCUCAACCCUGAGGAGCUCCACGUGAUAGAGGAGAUCCCGCAGGCUGAAGACAAGCUGGACAGGCUAUUUGAGAUUGCCGGAGUCAAGAGCCAGGAAGCCAGCCAGACCCUCCUGGACUCUGUCUAUAGCCACCUUCCCGACUUACUGUAGACUUCCUGGGUCACCAUGCACUCUCCGAAUAUCUGCUAGAGCUAGCUUGGCACUCGUUAAGACGACCGACAAUACACAGGCAGGUUUUGUUGUAGAAUAUAUGGCCAGUAUUUUCAUUGAGGUGUCCUUGGUUUUUGGAGGGGGGGCAGUUUGCCAGCAUUGCACCCCUCCACUGUAACUCUAUCGCUCAGCCCAAGUCUUUGCACCCUCUGCCCCCUUCCUGAGCCUCUCUUCUCCCUGUUUCAUUCCAAUCAGAUCAGUCAAUGCACUUUAAAAAA